GCGCUUGUACCCACCCGGCAGCGGUCUGGGUCUUUGGUGGCAUUUCAGCGGCGGGGGGCUUCGGUCGGUCGGUCCGCAUCUUCAGCAGCACUGAAGGGCCCCCUGACCCCGAAGAUCCGGACUGCCACCAGACCAGGGCCCUGCGGGGCCUGGGGCAAAUUGCCCCACUUCCUCACCCCUCCCCGGGCAGCUCUGAUAGCUACGUGGAGCUUGGGGAGGGAGCGAGGAUUGUCUGGAGUAGGCUGCAACUCUGUAGCACUUUGGACAGAGCAGUGCAGGCGGGAGAAGAGAAGGAGCUCCAGAUGGGCUGCUGAGAAUGAGGAAGGUGCUGUGGCCAUGGGGAAGUGGUCUGGGGAAAUGCAGUGAUGGUAGAAGCAAAGGAACGCAGCCACUUUAUGCAUGCAUACCGCAUCAUAGAAAAGACAUGAGCAGCAAUGGAAGACAUAGAAUCUGUGGAACUGCAUAUGGCUAAACAAAAGAUCGCAGUUGUUGGUGCUGGCUUGAUUGGCCUCUCAACAGCAGUGUACAUUUCAGAAUCUAUCUCCAAGUGCUCUGUGACUGUAAUUUCGGACAAAUUUACUCCCAACACAACGAGCGAUGUAGCAGCCGGAAUGCUUAUUCCACACACUUAUCAAGGCAUACCAAUUCAUCAGCAAAAGCAGUGGUUUAGGGAGACCUUCGACUAUCUUUUUGAAAUCAAUAAUUCAUCGGAGGCUUCAGAUGCUGGCAUUAAUCUGGUGUCUGGCUGGCAGAUCUUUAAAACCAUUCCUGAUGAAGUGUUACCAUUCUGGUCUGAUGUUGUCCUGGGAUUUCGCUCAAUGACUGAAGAGGAGCUGAAGAAAUUUCCACAGCACAGAUUUGGUCAGGCUUUUACUACACUGAAAUGUGACGGCCCAUCCUAUCUGCUAUGGUUGGAGAAAAGGUUGAAAGAGAAUGGCAGCCAGGUGUAUGCUAGACGAAUUGAAGAUCUGUGGGAACUACAUAGCAAAUAUGACAUAGUUAUCAACUGUUCAGGCAUUGGAUCCAGAGAACUCAUGGGUGACUUGGAGAUACACCCCAUCAGAGGCCAAGUACUCAAGGUCGAUGCUCCUUGGGUGAAUCACUUCAUCCGGGAUGGGGAUGGUUUAACCUACAUCUAUCCAGGAAUACACAAUGUAACAUUAGGUGGGACAAGGCAAAAGGACAACUGGAGCUUGUCCCCAGAUCCUAGAAGUAGCAAAGAUAUAUUUGACAGAUGUUGUGCUCUUGAACCCUCACUUCAAAGAGCCCAGGACAUAAAGGUGAGGGUGGGUCUGAGGCCAUCCAGGUUCACUGUGAGACUGCAGAAAGAGAUACUGGUCCAUGAUGGGAAAAAACUGCCCGUGGUCCACAACUAUGGACAUGGUUCGGGUGGCUUUUCAGUGCACAGGGGCACUGCUAAAGAGGCUGCUCGACUGGUGGGAGAAUGCAUUGCUGCUCUGGAAGGCUCCUCUUUGAAGGCAAAGUUAUAAUCACUGGGGCCUCCUUUUCAGUUAUUGUUUGGCUAUUAUAAAUCUACUAGUAAUACCUUUGGAAUGUUAUUCUAUAAGCAAUGGAAGAAGCUGCGUGCCACAUUCUGAACUGUAGCCAAGUGCUUGUUUUGUGAAAAAUGUUUGCCCACAGGUGAUAGGGUGUUUUUGUUUUAUUUUUCUGUGAGUUCAUUCAAGAGUAUAAUGAUUGUCUAGUUUCACCCACAUAGCUGUUGUUGGGGCAUGAGAUGCACUGGGUGAGGUAAGACCCAAGGAUCUUGAAAGGUGUGCUGUGGGAGGUAUAGAUUUGAUAGAGACAGUAGUUUUAUGUCUGUUUACAACAAUGUGUAACCCCAAAAACCUCCUUUGUUCUAUGACCAUGGAAGUGUCAAUGGGCCAUUUCACUUUGAAUGGCAUGCAUUAACUCCUCUGUUUAACUAUCUGUUCCACCUUGCAUUUAGAUGUGACACUCUGAUUUACAGACCUGAAUAAAACCUCUCUGCGUAGCUUGAAA